AUGGACAUACAUGAGGAGCUCAGUCAGUGGUACGAGAAGAUACAAAAGUUCCCCAAGGAGUGCCAUCUGCUUUGCCCCCGAGUUAGCGACGAUGAUUACGAGAACUACAAACUGCUCGACGAUCCCGACUCGACCAUCUCACAGGAUGAGAAGAAGAGUCGCAUUGAGGAGGGGAACGAGCGUCUCAAGGUCACAUACUGGAACUGCUUGAUCUUUGCCUUUGACAAGCAGAGUCAGGGGAAGUGGGGAGACGAACUCGCCGAAAGACUCAAUCACAUCCUCAAGUAUUGCCCCGAAUGCGUCUUCAACUGGCACAUGAAGCGCAAGGAUGUUCUCCAGCAAUUCCAGGAACGAUGGAACGAAGAAGUUGUCGCCGAGAUUCGGGAAAUGCUUGAGAACAUAGACGUCGCUCGCAUCGAUAAAAAUCUCGUAUGGGCUAGGGAGUUUAUCGAGAAUAUCGUCAAGACCACCGGCGCUGCAUUCAAGAAGUCGCAACUUGGAGAGCACUUGACCGAGGUUCACAUUUCCGUCUAUGAAGCUCUAUGCUGCAUGCCGUACAUGGCACAGCCAGACCGACGGGCAACAUUUCAAUUCGUCUUUCAGCGGUUGCAAGGCAAGAGUGGACUCAAGCUCGGAACGAAGGACCCUUUGCCAGGAAUGACAUACUUCAUUUUUGACCAGAGGAACCAAGAUCGUCGCAAGUGGGCAACACAGAACUUCCAGAACCUUGACAGCAACGCCAUGUCCUUGGAGCAGUUCGACUGGGCUGUCAGCGGAGGACUCAGUUGGGCCAUUGACGACAUCAGCCGAAAGGACGCCCAGGCGCCAGAAGCGUGGCCCGAGAUUGAGCAAUUCUGGCAAGGGUUCAACGAAAUUCUCAGAACACUCACUGCCGAUGUCAUACUUCAGCGUCUCCGAAGCCUUGAGCUAAAACCAGGAAGUUUCAACAUCUACGACCUCCUCUUCAGCCACAUUCAAUCCUGCCCUGCGGAGGGCGUCCUGGUCAUAACUAUCAUCGUCUUGACUGGGUUUCUCAAGAAGGCGCCGACAGCAUUCUGGGACGUAAUUGGUGACGCAAGACCCAAUGUGAUUGCAGAUUUGCUCUUCGCGAGUCCGGUCUACAAGAACUUGCUUCGUCAGUCUCUGGAAGAUUGCUGGUCCGGAUUCGACACAAAUUCCUCUCUUGUGCCGUUUCCUACUUCCUGGGUUGACCCUUGGCUGCAAUCGCUUAAUCGAGAUCGAAGGUAUGAUGCUUGUGAGGUCUUGAUGCAUACCCUCUUUGAGUCGUUGGCCAAGGAUCAGUCAAUUGGAGAGCCGGGCAGGGCCGCUUGCAUACGUGCUGGUUUUGAUGCCUUGCAAUUCACUAUGACGACUUUCCUCGAUCAGGACACCAAGAUCGGUGCUGGAACCACGCACCUCUACGCCAGUGCUGCAUUUAAUCUGGUCAUGAAGUACAAGGAUCUUAUUUUGACGAAUCUGCGUGCCCCUGGCCAAGACCGGGAGGGCUGGCAGACUUUUCAAGUGGCUAAUGCAGCCAAGAAGGUCAUGUCAACUGCCAUGAAGCUGGACAUGAAGAUCUUUGCAGAAGAGUACAUUGCCUGCCUUGAAGGAAAGCAGCUUCAGUCGGCAGUCACAAGAGACUCCAAGGUUUUCUGGCAAGGCGUCGUCGAAAUGUUUGAUCUGUCAUCCGAGCAAAUCGAUCUAGCAAGAGACAUUGUGCUCUCUCUCGAACCCUUGAUUGGUGUCGAACAAGUGAGAGCGCUAAAGAGCGACACCAGCUUGGGCGAGUCAAGCAAACAGUUCAAUAAGGCUCUUACUGAAACCGUAGAGAUUCUUGGGAACCUCCUUGGACGAGUUUCUGAACUCGAUGCCACGGAUCUCAACACGCUAUUCAACGACCGUCAUGCUUUCCAGGGCACCAUCGGCCUCUCCACUCACGGAGAGUCGGACCUCGCCGAGGCAGCUUCUGAAUUGCUGAAAAGCUGGACUGGAGAGCUGUCCCGAAGCAGCGCCUUCGAGCAAAUGUCGCAGCUGCAUCCUGAUCAAACCCUUUCGUCCAUAGUGUGGGCAUUGGAGCGGAUCCUCAAGCCCCCGAAUCCUUGGGGUCCUAUCAGACCUAUUCUCAACAUGAGUCGAGAUAUCCUCCGUGGUUUGACAGACCCUAUUUCUGGUGUCCUCCGAGUCAAGACUCUUGAGCCCAUGUCGGCAGCAAAGGUUCUACGUUGGUGGAGCGAGCAAUGGCGGUUCGUGUCGACUGCCUGUAGAAACAUCGAAGGCUGGUCUCGAUACAUCCAGAACGCCACCAUGACAGAGUUUUGCAGAGAGAUCAUGGAGCUUGCUGAAGCUCUUGUCGCGGAAGACGGUCUUAUCACUUCGGCCAUUUCCAAAGCUCUAGGCAAGAGUGAGCAGGAUACCAUGUCCCAGAUCCUUGUGCCAGCAAAACAGCACUUUGGCGGCAUGGAAAACAUGAUCCGACUUAAAGAUAGGUGGCUCGUCGACGUCACAGUCCGAGUCCUGUGCAAGAUUCUCACCCGUCUUCGAGAGAACGGCCAUGAGAUCAACCCAGCCUCCCGUAAGCUGAUCACUGAUGCUUGUCUACCCACCAGUAUACCUGGAAAAUAUGUUAGGACCACAAACAUGACAGAUCAACAGCGGGCCGAGCUUUUGCAGGCUCUGGGGCAGACUGAUGAAGAGGUUCAGAUUUACCAACUGGGCAUAGUGGAACAGUCGGCACAGAAAACCAAGGACAAGGUCAAGAAACAGAGCAGGCUUGAUGCUUGGUCGAAAUCAAAUCGGGACGAUGUGCUUGAGCUUAGUAGCUCUAUCGACAGCCCUAUCCUUAAGCAGCUUGAGGCACAACAAGCCAAGGCAAAGGCCAAGGCCAUGCUUAAGGUCAAGCCCAAGCCCAAGGGACCUGAUCUCAAGGCUAUUUCUGCACUGAAGGAAAGCAGACAGAGAGCCAAGGCCGAGAAGAUGAAGCGUGAUGCAGAGGCUAUCGCACGAGCCAAGGCCCUUCGAGGGGAGAUUGUCCCCGGCGAGGGUUCUGGUCUACUUAGCCUUGGUAUUAGCGGCAAGGAUCAUGGAAGAAGCGACAUCAUGGUUAAUAGCUCGGAUGAGGAGUCAGAAGAAGAGGAUGAGUCUGAUGCUGACAACGAGCUCGCGGCUCUCAGCACCGGAGGCCAGAAGACUCUUGAUGAGACCGAGAAGCGCCGUCUGCAGGCGCUCCGUGACAAACUCCGUAAGCCCGUCAAGAAGGUAAGACAGCAAAGAUCUGUCAAGGAGAUGAGAGCUCGGUUGAUCCCUCCCAUGGAUCGACUGCACAACACCAUCUUGGCCUGGGACAUCUUCCACGCAGGCAAUGACCCACCCAACGGUCCAAAAGCAUCUGAGGUUGCGACCAAGUACUCCAACCCCAGAUCAUACCAGGAUACAUUCUUCCCGUUGCUGGCAUCCGAAGCCUGGCGCUCCUUUGUCACUUCCAAGGACGAGCUAACCGCUCAACCUUUUGGCAUGAAGAUUGCUAGUCGUGCAAGUGUCGAUAGCUAUCUAGAGGCGACAUUCACCAUGCCCGUCGUCCAGAACAAGGAUCGGGGUGUGUCGGAAGGCGACAUUCUGCUUGUAUCUGAGGCAGAGAAUCCCCUGACCGAGAAGACCGCUCGGCACUGUCUCGCCAGGGUUCAUCGCAUCACAUACAAGAAGGAGAUGAUCGAGGUCACUUACCGGGUGGCCUCUCGAAACAACCCCAUGACACAGGUCCUGACCCCCAACGUUAGUGUCUAUGGCGUCAAGAUCACAAACAUGACCACUAUCGAGCGAGAGUACGCUGCGUUGGAGAGUCUGCAGUACUAUGACCUGAUGGAUGAGAUCCUAAACGCCGAGCCAUCUCCUAUUCUUCGCUAUGGCGAGGAAAAGGUGUCCUCCUGUAUGGACAACUUCUCUCUCAACCGCGGACAAGCUAUGGCUGUUCUCGGUGCCCACGACAAUGAUGGUUUUACACUGAUCCAGGGUCCUCCCGGAACUGGAAAGACCAAGACCAUCGUGGCCAUGGUUGGCACCCUUCUCUCAGAGCAGCUCAGCCAAAUGAACAACACAGGCGUUCCCGUGGGUGUGCCCCUACGACCAAACGGAGCACCUGCCGCCAACAACCAAGCUCGUUCUAAGAAGCUUCUUGUGUGCGCCCCCAGUAACGCCGCCGUGGACGAGUUGGUACUGCGAUUGAAAUCCGGCAUCAAGACUACCUCGGGCAAGACUCGCAACAUCAAUGUCAUUCGACUUGGCAGAAGUGAUGCCAUCAAUGCUGCUGUGAAAGAUGUUACCCUCGAUGAGCUCGUCAAGGCCCGCUUGGAAGGUGACGGCACCAAGGACAAGGCCAAGGCUGACCGCGACAAGCUUCAUGAAGAUGCUGGCAAGAUCAAGGAGGAACUCUCGCUCUUACGACCUCGCCUCGAGGCAUCAAGAGACGGUGACGAUCGAGGCCUCUACAAUAGGCUCUCUCGAGAAUUCGAGGAGCUCAAACGACGCCAGAUGUCGAUCGGCAAGCAGAUUGACGCUGACAAGAGUAGUGGCAACUCGGUUGCUCGAGAGAUGGAGUUGCGCCGCCGCCAGGUCCAGCAGGAGAUUCUCAACUCUGCCCAGGUCCUCUGUGCCACCCUGAGUGGAAGUGGUCACGAGAUGUUCCGAAACCUUGAUGUCGAGUUCGAGACGGUCAUUAUCGACGAAGCUGCCCAGUGUGUGGAGCUGAGUGCUCUAAUCCCCCUCAAGUAUGGAUGCUGCAAGUGUAUCCUCGUCGGAGAUCCGAAGCAGCUUCCACCUACAGUCCUUUCACAGUCAGCAGCCAAGUUCGGAUACGACCAGAGUCUGUUCGUUCGAAUGCAGCAGAACCACCCCAAGUCUGUGCAUCUGCUUGAUAUGCAGUACCGUAUGCAUCCCGAGAUUAGCAUGUUCCCUAGUCGUGAAUUCUACGAAGGACAACUCGCGGAUGGUCAGAACAUGCAUGAGCUUCGACAGCAACCAUGGCACAAGAGUGCGCUGCUUGGUCCUUACCGCUUCUUUGAUGUCCAGGGUGUUCAAGAACGAGGUCACAGAGGCCAGUCCCUGGUCAACACCAAGGAGUUGGAUGUUGCUAUGCAGCUGUAUGAUCGAUUCAGCAAGGAGUACCAACAGUGUGACUUGACUGGCAAGAUUGGUAUCAUCACCCCCUACAAGGCACAACUCUAUGAGCUUCGCAACCGGUUCCGGUCACGGUACGGUGAGGCAAUCACGAACAUCAUCGAGUUCAACACCACCGAUGCUUUCCAAGGUCGAGAGUGUGAGAUUAUUAUCUUCUCGUGUGUCCGAGCCAGCUCAACUGGAGGUAUCGGUUUCAUGACUGACAUUCGACGUAUGAACGUCGGUCUCACACGUGCCAAGUCGUCCCUUUGGAUUCUGGGUGACUCUCGAGCCCUUGUGCAAGGCGAGUUCUGGCGGAAGCUCAUCGAGGACGCCCAGGCACGAGAUCGCUAUACUAAGGGCGAUAUCUUGAACAUGUUCCGUAGACCUCUUGAGAAGGCCAAGCCAGGCGCUUACUUGGCUCCGCCUCCCCAAACCGGAGCGGGUUCUUUUGUGCCACAGAAGGCUCAAGACAGCGACCUUGUCAUGCGCGAUGCGCCCUCGAGAACGUCCUCACUCCCCUCAUCGCGUUCGAACUCACCGGUUGUCACAACGGCGCAACAACCUGCGCCAGCGUCGCACAUUCCAGGCCUCGGUGGGAUUGAAAGAACUGAGGUUGUCCCACGCUCUGGUGGGCCUCCAGUUAUUCACACAUCAUCGGCGGGUAAGCCUCCAGGGGAAACAAGGAAACGGUCGCACGAUGGACCAGAGUCCCAUCAACCCGGUACAAAGAGAUUUGGUCAAAGACCACAUCGACCGCCCAAGCCCCCAACAGAUCCUUCGGCCAUGUCAGUCAUGGGCUUGACGCCUCCAGAACGACCACCUCCGAUGGCGCCAACUGGUCCUUCGAUACCAACGGGGCCGAGGAUUCCGACGGGACCCUCGAAUCCGACGACGACAUCGAGUGGAUCGACGUCCUACCAGGGACAGAACGACAAUAAGGUAUGUCAGUUUGCUUAA